UCAUAUUAGUAAAAUUAAGUUAACAGAUUAAAAUCGGUCUCGGUUUUGCUGCUCUUCUUCGCUGUCCACAAAUUAUACAUGUACACGUAUUUGUCGCGGUGGUGGCGGUGGCGGAUUUUAAUUUAAUGAAAACUAAUUGCGGCACUAAUUUGAAGAUCGCGUGAUUGGAAAACGUAUUAAUGUUUUGCCAUCGCCAUCGCCUACCUUCGUGUGCUUAUAAAACUGGCUAAAAACAUGCGAUGGUGUUCUCGGCUCUAUGAUAAGUCAUUGCUACAUGUACAUACAUAUACCUACCUACCUGUACCUACGUCGUACGUCCACGUCCAAGGUGCCAAAAGUACUCGUACUCGUAGUCUCACCAUGUUCAUGAGUGGAGUAUCUCGUUCGAGAAAUGGAAACGCCACCGCCACCGGUGGCCCCAAAAUGCCUUCGAGCAUUUGUUUGAUGAAAUAUUUCUCGUAUCGUAACUCGAAAGACAUGUGUGGUGCUAUCGAAGGGCCAAUUGUGUUCUCAUCUCAGUUGAAUAGCCCUUCGUGGAAAUUCCACUUAGGUAUAUUACCUUGGAAAGCUACUAAAACUAAAGAUAAAGGAGUUUGCUUUUGUACCAGGCACGAAAGCAGAUACGAGUACACAGCGUUGGAAGCGGAUACUAAUUCUCACGAAAGAUUGGAAUUAGAACGAAAAGCUCGGCAAAGAGCAGAAAGUGCAUGCUUGCAUUAUUUACGAUUUUGUCCAAGAUACGCUUUAAUUCAACAUUUGAAUGAUAUAGGCUCGCGUGUUGGAAAACAUUGGUUCGUGGUAAAAGAUUCUUCCAUAAAAACCGAACGUCUACUCACCUUAACACCUCAAAGUCAAAAUUCGCCCAUUAUUUAUAAUCAAGUCACUCGCCGAAUCAUCUUAGAUUUAUUUUUAGCUCUACAACAUCCAUAUAUCUAUCCAAUUUUAGAUUUAGAAUUCAUCGAGGGUAAUGCCCAAAAUAAAAAUGCCAAUAUAAUCGUCGUACUACCAUUCAACAAUAAGGGUAGCUUGAAAGAUUUAAUUUACAAAACAUGUUGGCAUGACGAAUGGUCGGAUAAAUAUGGCCAGCGAAGUAAAGGACUGCCUUUAUCGCAGGUGCAACGCUUAGGUCGGCAGAUUCUAGAAGCGUUGUUAUUUUUACGCGAAAGAGAGUACACAUUUUCAUUUCAUUUACAUUCCGGAAACAUCAUUCUACAAAAUGGCGUCGCCAGAUUGAGCGGAUUAGAGAAUCCUUUGCUCGGAUUUACGUCAAGAAUUCAACCAGUGAUUUUGAAGAGUACUUUGCUACAGACAGACCCAUCGGCCGUUGACGUAAUUUGUUUUGGUCACGUUCUGUUCGAAAUGGCCGCAGGGUACGAAUUAACCGAACCCGAACCAACACCAGCCAACAUGUUGGAUGUCGCACAUUAUCCUCAUGUCGUUGAAAUACUAGAAUUCGUAUUUAAAAAUCCCAAGAAAAGGAUUCCAUCCGUAGAAGAAUUAUUGAUAAGUGAUUUCUUCCGAAGUAUUGACCUGCGCGAAAUGAGAGCCAUUUCUCUUCCGGUACUGCAAGUAAAAUUAACGUCACCAUCGAUGGCAUUGUUGAAUAAAAUCAAAGACCAUCAGCUUAAUUUGAUAAAAACCAAAGGUGAAUCGGGUAAUGAAAAUGAAAGCGAAAAUGCCGCAUGCACCAGUCAGCAAAUAAGAUACACUGUUAAAAUUCAAAAACAUAAAAGUUGCGAAGCUCCAUCCCAACCAGACAUCAAUUGCAUCACCGAAUGCCAAGAUGAAGAUGAAAGCUAUUGCGCAAUGAAGAACUCCGAGUUCAUUUUACAGGAACAUAGAAGUUUAAAUCUGCACCAGAGGAAAUUAGACGUCACAUUGCUCGAGAUGCAAACGUUGUGCAGAAAUUAAUAAUAUUGUACCGGUUCCAAUUUCAAUAACUACCUAUAGUCGAACAAUAAUAUUUUUAUAAAAUUUUCUACGUGUUCGAAUUUUAGAAAGCUUUAUAUACGCUUCGAUGAUUUCUCAACGCCAACUUGCAAUACGAGACGAUAAAUUUUUCGUAAUUAGGUACUUAUUUCUUCUUCUUUUUUUUUUACGUGUUUUUACUCGUAAUACGUACGAAUCUCAUAACUCAAUAUUCGGUUUAUCCUUCCUUUUUUUUCAUUUCCUAUUUGAAAACUGUUGCAGUAUUUCUCUUAUAGUUUAAUUACCUGUAAGUAGAUAUUAUUUUGAAUCAUUUUUCUUUUUCAAACGUUAUAGAAGAUAACUCUUAAAUUUUAUUAGGUUACCUAUCUUAAUUUAGUGUUUUUUUUCAUCUACUGUCUUAGUACUUUGAAAAAAAAACUGAGCUUUUCUUACCAACACUUGUUAUAGUAGAAUACAUUUUUUUUAUACGAAAUAAAUAAUUGUAUGUCUUCGUGUAA